AUGGUCAUAGACCUUACUCAGGACUCUGAUUCCGACAAUCAGAAUCGCCUCCAGACUUGGCCUGUCAAUGGAAACCACGUCCUUCCAGCACAGCCAGCCUUUACCUCAAGUUUAACCAAUCACAGUACAGUACCGCUGAAGCGGAAACAGGACGGACUGGAAUGGCCCUCUGCUGUCCCUGAUGGCCCCUUCAACCAGGCAAAUUUCUCCGGGUUUCCAAAUGGAGAUUCUAAAGGGGCAGACAGUGAGAAUCCAGCCUCUCAGUCAACCGACAUCUACAGAAUUCAAGCACAAAGAAAACUUCAGUCUUUCGCGGAGCACAAUUACCAAAGUUCUUAUAAAAAACGGCCUCAUAUUAUCGCCACAAAUGGCACUUACCAGAGCCCUUAUGAACCUAACUACAAGCCUCACCUCUCACAAAGUCAAGCCCAGCCAUCCACCCCUAGCCCCGGUCCUACUAGCCAAGAGGAAGGAAACAAGAUCGCAGUUGUGGUCCCGUCUCCUUCUCGUCAACUAAAACGAGAGAUUGCGUCUGCUAGUUGGUCGAGAUCCGAUCAUGGCCCGACUGGUUUAUCUCAAGAGUACUAUCCCACCGAUGCAUAUGAGAAGCGCGCACUGAAGGGAAUCUAUCCAUCUACUAGAAAGGUCAACCGGGCCAAAAUCCCCUUCCAGAUCGGCUCCCCUGGUCCAUUUCUCACCUCCCCCCCUAAGAUAAACCGACAAUUGCAGCUUUCCUUAGAGCGCAAAUUGUCAGGUAUCAAAGGCCCUCCUGUCACGUUCGCUGCUGCCGAUCAAAAACUGCUAGCGCAGUUUGGAAACUUCGAGUUCAUUAACAGCAACAAGCUGCGAAGAGGGGUGCAGCCGGCCCCGGAAGAAUUUCACGGGGGCUGCUCUUGUGACUCGUUCUGUGACCCGGGCCGCUGCACUUGUCUCGAGACUGAGGAGAACGAUUCCAAGAGCACGAUCAUUCCGUACGAGAGAGCAAAAGACGAUGGGCGGCUCAUGGUGUUAACACCGGAUUUCCUCAAGCGGCGUAUGAUGAUCUCUGAAUGUGGGUCUCGGUGCGACUGCAAUGCGGCCUGUUGGAAUCGCGUCGUGCAGAGUGGACGCCAGGUGAGGUUAGAGAUUUUCCAUACUGGCAACCGUGGAUUUGGCCUUCGCUCCCCGGACCUGAUUCGCGCUGGUCAAUUUAUUGACUGUUAUCUUGGUGAGGUCGUCACUAAGGAUGUUGCCGAUGUGCGCGAAGAGCUCUGCAUGGCAAAACAUGGUCACUCAUACCUGUUUGGCUUGGAUUGGUUUGUUGAUACAGUGGCCGAGGAGGACAUGUUCGUGAUAGACGGUCAGAAGUUUGGAGCCCCUACACGGUUUAUGAAUCACUCGUGUAAUCCAAAUUGCCGCUUGCUUCCAGCUACACGCAACAACGCGGACCAGCGGCUGUAUGAUCUUGCCUUUUUUUCUUUGAAGGAGAUCCCGCCUAUGACUGAGUUGACUUUCGAUUACAACCCUGAUGCGGAGAGUGUUGAUGUCGUCAGCGAAGAUUCUCAGGCAAAGCUUUGUCUCUGUGGGGAGCCUAACUGUCGGAAACAAUUGUGGCCGAACCAGCGCAAGGGAACUAGAUGA